GUCGCUCAUCCACACAACCACCAUGGGCGUCCCUUUUGACUUCGCGCCUGAGCGGCCCGAUCACAUGCAGCAGAUCCUCGAUGGACUGGAUCGCUACAACCCGGAGACGACGGGCGUCUUCCAGGACUAUGUCAUGCAGCAAUGCGAAAGCCAGACAUAUGACUGCUACGCCAACCUCGCCCUCCUGAAGCUCUACCAAUUCAACCCCCACCUUGCCCGUGAUGAGACAAUCACCAACAUCCUCGUCAAGGCUCUUACCGUCUUCCCGAGCCCCGACUUCUCCCUGGGUCUCUCGCUCCUUCCCCCACACGUCCUAGCUCCUUUGUCAUCCUCACUACACAACCCAGCAGCUGGCGAUGCGCCGCUAUCCGAAGCUGUCCAGAAGCUCAACGAGCUGAGAAAUCUGCUCGAAGGCGCUGACUACGCCACCUUCUGGUCAACGCUCGACUCUGAUGACCUGUACGCCGACUUGAUUGCCGACGUAUCAGGCUUCGAGGAGCUUAUGCGCGUGCGCAUUGCUGCUACUGUCAGCCAGGCUGUGCGUGAGGUCGACCGAAGCAUCCUCGAGUCAUGGUUGAACCUCUCGGGAAGCGAAUUUGACCACUUUGUUGGAAGCGUGUGCGGAUGGAACGUUGAUGGUGCUAAGAUCAAGGUACCCAUUAACAAGGACAACGAGGCUAAGGGCACCGUUGUCCGGGAAAACGUCAAGUUUGAUCAAUUUGCAAGGGUUAUCAAGAGGGCGUACGAACAGCCUGCAUGAGCGGUAUGAUUUACAGUACGACGACAUGAGGCUACGGUAUGCACGGAUGGCGUUUGAGGAGGACACUACAAUUGCAUCAGUAUGCGACAGAAGCGUACAGUCAGCCUUCGACAGCAACGCAGGUUGAUUUCGACGGUUCACUAUAUACCCCAAAAGUACGCCGCUAUGAGCAGGGGCCUUGGAGUAGACAUGCUUCUUGAGCCUAUAAAGAUCCAAUCAUAUCAAUCCGACAAAACAUUCUCCCA